UCCUUUUGUUUCUAUUCCAUUCCAUUCUUUUUUUUCCCUUUACCUCCAUCCAGACAAAUUAAUGAAAAAAGAAAAUAGAAAAAUCAGCCGUGUGUGAUUUUUCGGGAAAAGUUGGAGAGCCGCCAUUAUUGGCUGCCAGUGGGGUGCAUUCGCAGUUGUAAAAUCCUAAAAUUUGUUAAAGGAAAUUUCUAUUUAGUUUCUAGGCACACUCAACAAGUCGACAACCGCUGCCAGAUCUGCCUUUUCUUUCAUUCCAGGUUACCUUCAGGACAUUAUCCACCUGGGUUUGAUCGUUCUCCAAUUUUCAUUCAAUUUAAAGGUAAUUAUUUCGACUUGGUUCUUGAUUCUACUUGGAAUUGUUCGCUAUUGACCUCUUUCGGUUAUUGCUUUCUACCUUUACCGAUUACCCAUCCAUUUAUCUUCUUCUGUAAACAAACUUUAAACAUAAGCCAACGUGUCCCCGGACUUAGGUUUUACUCCCUUUCUGGCCUCUAGUUACUGCUCAUCUCCAUAUCGCUACUGAUUCUUUCUUUUCAAAUUCUUCCUAAUUCGGCAAGUCAGUUGUCGAAUUAGCAUAAUCAAAUCAAUCCUACUUUCUGUUUUUGACCGUGGUGGUCGGGAGUUGGUUUAGGGUUUCCUUCCUUCCCAUGUACCGCUAACCCCCGGAAGGAAAGAGAAUAAAAAUAUACGAAGUUCGUGUGACAAAUGGGUAUUUUGGUGCCUAUUUAUCUUAACAUCGUGGCCUUUAUAUGUACUGCUGGGGCCAUUGCUUUGGCGAUUCUUCACAUCUACAGGCACCUUUUGAAUUACACCGAACCUAUUUUUCAGAGAUACAUCGUCCGCAUUAUCUUUAUGGUUCCGGUUUAUGCGUUGAUGUCUUUCUUGUCCCUUGUUCUACCACAGAGUUCAAUCUAUUUCAAUUCCAUCCGGGAAGUUUAUGAAGCUUGGGUCAUCUAUAAUUUUCUGUCACUGUGCUUGGCAUGGGUUGGAGGUCCAGGAGCAGUUGUGCUUAGUUUGAGCGGUCGAGUUUUAAAGCCAUCUUGGUGUCUGAUAACAUGCUGCUUCCCUCCCAUGCCUCUAGAUGGGCGUUUUAUACGGAGAUGCAAGCAAGGCUGUUUGCAAUUUGUCAUUCUGAAGCCCAUUUUAGUUGCUGUAACACUCAUAUUAUAUGCGAAAGGAAAAUAUAAAGAUGGGAAUUUUAGUCCAAGACAGGCAUAUCUAUAUCUUACUAUCAUAUAUACAUUCUCAUACACAAUGGCUCUAUAUGCUUUGGUGUUGUUUUACAUGGCAUGCAAAGAUCUUCUUCAGCCAUUCAAUCCAGUUCCGAAGUUCAUCAUAAUAAAAUCUGUUGUUUUCUUAACCUAUUGGCAGGGUGUUCUGGUUUUUCUUGCUGCAAAGUCUGGGUUCAUAAAUGAUGCUGAAGAAGCAGCUCAAUUUCAAAACUUUAUUGUAUGUGUUGAGAUGCUUGUAGCUGCUGUGGGUCAUCUUUAUGCAUUUCCGUAUAAAGAAUAUGCGGGUGCAAAUAUUGGCGGGUCUCGUGGUCUUACAGGAAGCCUUGCACAUGCCUUGAAAUUGAAUGACUUCUAUCAUGAUACUGUUCACCAGUUUGCGCCAACAUAUCAUGAUUACGUACUGUACAACCAUAAUGAUGGUGAUGAGGGAACAAGAAAGUACCGGUCAAGGACUUUUGUGCCAACUGGGCCAGAGAUGGAUGCUGUGAGAAGAAACAAACUAAUGUUUGGAAACAAACUGGAUGACAUUCAGUUAUCCAGCCUCUCAUCAUCUGGUACAAUCACUCCCCAAAACCCUGGCUCUGUACCAGAUUCCGCAUGUAGUGAUGUGAUAAAAUCAUCGCUGCUUGUGGAUCCCUCAAAUUCUUAUACAGUGCCAUAUGAUAUGUCACUUCUCGACGUGGAUCUAUCCAAUUACUCUCCAAAAGUUCGUGCAGCAAAAGAAACUGAGCUUAGGUGAUAAGUGUGUCAUAACAUCCUUAAGACAGGUAAGAAGAAGGCUGCAUCUUUGGGGAGUAGGGGGAGAUCGGGUGGAGGGGGAGAGGGAGCAAAAAAGGUAGCAUCUGACAUGACAUUAUUUCUGACUUUGGGACAGCCUCCUACGUCAAAUUGUGUGCUGGUGAUUGGUGUCAAUUUGCUGAAGUGUUUGCUGAAGUCAGCUCCCAGUUUUUUCUCUCUUUUGCAUGUAUUGAUUUUCAUAGCUUUCAUACUGGAACGUAGUGGCCUAGCCGUCUGCAAAUGGCUGUCUUAGUCUGUUGCUAUCUGCUCUGUAGUUACAAAGCACUGAGUUCAUAGUUGAAGGAUCUGACUUGGAGUCAUGAUAUUUGGUUUCAACUUUUGUUCACUUGACUUGUUCAAGCUUGAUGCCGUUUUUGCAUGUUAUUCAAAUGAUGUCACCAUUUGGUUCAUGCCAUGUUAUAGCAUCUAAGGGUUACUCUAGUUUCAUUAGAGUAAUGUUAUUGGUUACUUUCCCCCCAUUGUAGUUGUUUUUCCUUUGAAAAUGAGAUGGAAAGGAGGAAAUGGGAAGGGAAAUUGGAAAUUGGGGAGGUUGAGGAAUGAUAAUCUGUGGCAUGGAAUUGGUUGGUUGAGUUGCAAUUUGGCUAAGACACUAAAGAUGGAUAUUUUUUUUCAACCUGUUGUCUGGUGCUUCUACCGUUAUCUUGAUUCCUAGCUGCUAAAUUGCAGAUGCUGCUCUUACACCUUCCAGUGAAAUUAAUCGAGCGCCUUGUUUAGGUUGCAUAGCUAAGCUAGCGAUCUAAUUUAAUGCAGUUGCAUUCUAGCAAUUUCAAGACUGACAUUGCCAAUUAGGCUUUGAAGAAAGCAUUGGUUUGUUGUUAUACUUUCCAUUUACGUUAUGCCAUGCCAUACUGGCAUUGCAACACACCUUGUAGGUAAAACUUAGUUCUAGGGCUGUUUUCUUGUGGAUACUUAAAGUUUACAUGUGAUUAGUUUGGAUUUUCUUUUUCUUCCA